UGCGAUGCUCUUAGAAUAUAUAUAUCGAAUGGAAUUCUUCAACACUCGCAAUGUGCCAGACCGGUACCGCACUGAAAAAUAUAUCGCAGGUAGAAAAGGCUUCAGAUUGUCUGGUCAUUCCCCAUUGCUUGCUUCCUUAUCAGAGUCCGCGAUUAGUUGGGGACUUCUAACUCUUCCCAUAUUAAAUUGAGCUUCUCCAUAGUAUUCAGGGGAAGGAAUGACAUCAUAGGACUCCUGAGUCCCAUUCUUCUUCCCCUCUUCCUCAUCCCACCAUCGCAUUGAAUUGGUGCUAUCUCAACUAUCAUGGCUGAGGAAGAAGACCCUAUUGUUCAGGCCUUGCCCCCGGCAACUGAUUACCUUACUUACCUAACCUUGUUGGAGUACCAAUUGACCCCCGCUCGCUUGCCCACUCUCCACAAGCUCUUGCAGGAUGAGGUCUUGACAACCAAUAUUGGCUGGGACCUGGUUCAGCUGCUGCUGCCCAUGCUCCCUCAGUCACUCGAGUGUCUCCAGGAUAUCGCCCGCUUAGGUAAUCCUAGGGAGGUCAUUCUGCGGGUGUCUGAAGCCCUGAUGCAACUGCAACCUGAGGAUGAGGAUGAGGACGAGGACGAGGAGGAAGAGAACGAGACGGCAGAGUCCUCUGCUGCUCAUGAUACAGAUACCGCCGAUACGGAACUGAAGGCUGCGACCGACAGAAAUGUGGAGAAAUCGGAUAUACAGAAUACCCUCCCACGACAUGUCCUGAAGUUCAAUGCCCUCGUUGCCAUGUUAUCCGUUCUUCAUUCCCGCAUUCAGACGAAAUCCCCGAGCCGCUUUUUCGCAACCUCUCUACAAGCCGUAUUGGAAGCGUAUACCCUGAUGCCGACGAACGAGACAACUAUUGCCCUUUUGGAGUUCUUCAGAGACGUGUCUCCCUCCAAGCGGCCUGCACCACCACCCCGUGCUGCAAGUGAGUCUAGCGUGCUACGAGUCUCCGAAGCUUCUGCGCCGGACCCAGAGGCAGAGAUCCAAUCACCCAACCCGAGCAACAACGAGCCAGCGCUCAUCAAGAGAUUCCUGCAAUUCGGCCUGAUUGAGCUGAUAAAGUCCUACAUACUGAGCUUUUCGGGGCCUAUGGACCCAGGAAUGUCUUGGACAAUUCGUUUGCAGGAGAAACUUCAGCCAAGGCAUCCGGCAGGCCAAGUGUCGGAGACGGAAGUAUUUGCCAAUAACAAAGAGCUAAGGGAGAGGGACAUGAUUUUAGGGAAAAUUACGGCUCUUUCUCGAGACUUCGGGCUAGAUGACAAGCAGCUUCUCGCAGUCGUCUCCCAGCCGGCAGACAGACAUCCUCAGCCGCUGGACUUCGACGAACCACCUAGAAAUGUGGAAGAAAUCCCGCUCGAAAGGCAUGGUGCUCUACUUCUUUUGGCUGCCCGAGCUGCGAUGGCCGAACUAUUCUCGUCGGGACAGGUCACCCCGAUUGCCGUCUUCCCUGAGCUGGCUCAGAUAUUCGACAACUUUGUCGGUGGACACGAUAAGCCGGACGACAUUGCCUUUGGGCAACCUCAGGCACUAUUGGACUCUCUGCUGACACUGACCGUCUUCUCCAUGCAACGAUCAAUCGGAGAGCCUUCCACUGAGUUGGAUUUCCGACGCUUCAUCUUGUCCCUAACUGCUUGCACAACGCGACAAAGUUACAACUCCAUUAGGCGGAUCCCUGGAACCAUUCUCCACAGUCACCCGUCUCACAUUAUCCGCUUCAAGACUAUUCGCCAGGUUCUUGAGGAUGAUCGUUUCCAACUGAUCAGGGACAGUGCUAUAGGGUGGCUGAAAGAUGAAAUACUUGACGCCAACAAAAAGCCCUCUAGCUCACCCGAAUCCGACAUAUUCGUCAACCCGCAUUACUUCUCCAUCCUUUUCCCCUUACUCUUUAACUCCUCCGAGUUACGCUUCAACGUCUCGUCCGACAUCGUAGCGUCAUGGAUCCAAUUCUCUCAAACUCUUACACCAUCCAUCCACUCCGCCCUGAGCCUCUACUACAUUCUUCUUUCAUCCUCCACCCUCCGUGCUCAGCUCCAACUUGAAAAAACCUACAUCUACUUCCGCAACCGCUUUCUGGAGCCACUCAAGUCUCUCCUCCACGCCUUCGAGAGUGAUCUCACCCAGAAUGGCGGCGACGGCAAGAUCGAGUCUGCCGUCGGCGAGGACAUGUGUCAGGUAGGCAUGGCCCGGUCCGUGGGCCUCGUCUCUCAUGCCGUAGAACAGGUGGAGGAUGCCGUGGGCGAUGCCUUCGUUGGUGCCGAUGACGAGCUGCAGGAACCCAGCAUGGAUGACGUGGCCAGGGUUGACAAGAUCCGGAAGGAGACUGCUUUGUAAAUAAAUGGCCUACUUGCAUUAUGAUAUAUUUAUUUUUUCACUUGUCGCAAUUGUGAAUACACGACCAAGAUACAGAUGAACUCGUGACUACAAGACAAGACAUGACUCUUCCCAAUCAUCUUCUUUCACUGUAAUCCUUGUAUAGAAUCUAUUACUUCAACACAAAUUGGUACCUUGUAGAUAUAUAUAUAUAUCACAUCAAC